UGGGAACUGGAGCGAGCAAAUAUGGCGGCGAGAGUGAUGAGUUUUCUUCGUUGCAGAGUAUGUUUAACAAAACUAUCGAACGGAAGGGCAACCAACGUAAGACACUGCAUCGCGUUAGGAGUAAGGUGGUGUUUUACGUCUUUAGAACCACAGGAAAAGCUUGAAGAAACAAAAAAAUUCAGUGGCGACAUUCACAAACGUUUGCACGUGGACGACAUCCGAAGGCUCUGCCAGCAGACGGAUAUGAAACGUACCAAUGUUUUGCAACUUUUUAAUCAAUUCUUACAACUUCCCGAGCAGUAUCGAACAGCAUUUGUUAACUCUGCGUUAUACUGGUUUUCUUAUUACGGCAAGGUCAACGAAGCUCAUGAACUUAAAACUCUAAUGGAAAACAAUGAAAUUCCGAAGAAUUCGUCAACUUACUCUUCUCUUGCAGUCUUGUAUUCUAAGUCCAGUGAUUUUGGAGACAUUAAGAGCCUUAUUGAAGAGAUGAGAAAAGAUGGUCUGAAGCCAAAAUCUCGACACUUUGUUCCGUUCUUUAAGGCAGCUGUCUCUAAAGGUGAUCUGACAUCUGCGUUUCAUUCUUUAAAUGAAAUGCAGCAAACUACCGCUUACAGUGAACGAAACACUGAUAAAUAUACUGCAAUUAUUCGCGCUUGUACAGGGUAUAAAGAUGACAAUGUAGUGAGCAAAGUAUUUGCAAUGUUUUCUGAGUUUCAAAAGUAUCGAGACUUGAUGAGCAGUGACACUCUUGAGGCAGUUAAGCUGUGGUUUGAAAGGUAAGGUUAACCAUAGAUAUUUGUAUCUGGCCAGCAAAAUGGCAGUGACAUGUAAGCUAGUCAUAUGCAGUCAUGAACUAUACAGAUGUAACGUAAACUAAUGGUUGGUUAAUAGACACUGGAGGUUAUAAUGUGUUAAUCACUUAUCUAUGACUUGAAGAUUCACUAACUUUUUAUUGGUUUGCAGGCAAGAAAAACCCAAAUGGGUAACUUCCUGGUCAACUGCAUCCACAACGUAAGUGAAAAUAUCAUCUUCAACAUUAUGUAGCCUAUGUGUACUUAUCUACUUUUUCGUGCCUUGGAACAACAACAACAACAACAACAAUAAAACUUUAUUAAUGAAAAAAAUAACAUUGCAGAAGUUUGCCCGCAGCUAGCAAGGCUAUUCAAGGUGGGAAAAUGCGUGCAAAAUAUAAAAAUAAAGACUAAGGUUACUAACUAACGAAAGUUUACAGUAAAUGAAGUAAAAAUUGUAACAUGGAUGAUGACUAGAUAACAGACUAAAGAAAAACAGAAUUAAACAAAUAAAUUAAACAAAGAAAUUGGAAGGAGGGGUGGCAAGGGUUACUCAAGUAUCAAGGUGUCAAGGAGAACCAGGCCCAAUAAUGUUACACCCAAAAAGGGCCUAUAGAGUAGGUGCACUAUGGCCAUAUUGGAGGAAGAAAACAAUAAAACAGUUUUCCUUUGGUAAAAAAGUUCAUUUUCCUGCAAAUAUUUUUUUAUUGUUUAUUCCUCCAACUUGGCCACCCUGUAUGGACUCUAUUACGCCAAAACUGGACCGCAACUUGACCCAAGAAAAAAAGUUGUCUGUCUCCAUAAAAAUCAGUUGAAAAAUAUCAAGAGACUUCCUUUUAGUUUUGCAAUCUUAUUUUGGCUUUCAGUUAUUUCGCAUAAAAAUGAGAACCCUGGGGUUUGCUUUUUGUUGGUCCUGCUUAGUCUGCAGUGAGUUCUUUUGCUGAAGAAAAGUUGCUGCAAAAUUUCUAAUGGACUAGGUGUAAGAAAUCUGUAUAACCAGAUGACCAAGAUUUAUUCCUCCUACCAGUGAUCAGUUUAAGGACGGCAAACAAUAACUUGUUUAGACCAAACAUCUCCUGGUUUUGUACUGUGCUUUAACCCCUGGCCAAUAAUCACUGACUUGGGGUAACAAGAAAAAAACUCCCUUUGCUCAAAAUGUUGUUUAUUACCCCAGUAUGUUAAUUUUUCAUACAGUGUCUCAAUUUUCAUGUUAGAUAUGUAUUAAAGUGUUGCUGUCAAAAUGUCAAAUAGCAUGUCAUUCAUGUACUCACUCCUUUAAAGAAAAUACAAUUUAAUGGUGUAUCUUUGUGGGACUGGAGCUCAGUAAGGGGAAAAAACUCAGUAAAUGCACAUGCAAAAUGAUGAGUUUAAAACACGACAACAUGGCAAAUUUAUACUGACGCUAAAUGCAGAGUGUAUAGCGAGGGAAAAGAAAUCAUGUAUCUUCUUAGGUUAACUGCUGUAUUUAUCAUUCCCACUUGAAUCUACAGAUGAUACAAUGCUAGUUCUUUAUUUGUCAUAUUGCUGAGCUUUGUUUCUUCUGCACACAAUUUAAAUGUGUAAUUUGUAAAUUUUUGUCUUUUUAAACUUUCCCCCUUACUGUAUUUUCUCAAUUAAACGCUGGACCUUUUUUUCUGUGUUUGCAUAUCCUAAUAUAAACGCUUGAGAGGUUGGGAGAAUUGUCAACAGUUGUGCAAACCCUUGGCUUUGUCUCGGGUUUGCAUGACUGUCUUGAAUUCUCCCAGCCCCUCUUGUGUUUAUAUCAGGCUAUGCAAACACAGAGAAUGUUUUCUAUUACUUAAGUAAUGCAUGUAGAUUAUGCAUAGUUUAAAUAUUUUUACUUUUAUAUUGUAUAAGUAAUUCUAAUUUUUUAAUUAUAACUUGUGUCCGCAAAUUAGUAUGGGGUUUUUCCCAAGCUAUACGGCUCUGACACAUUAAUUAAUUUUAUUUAUUCUGUUCUAUUCUAUGUAUUGUUUCUUUUUUCAUUUUGUUAGGGAUUCAAAUCUUGAUUGGAACAUCGUACAUGUACCUUACGUAUAGUACCAUAAUACUGUUACUUUGGGUAAUGGGACGCACAGUUAUCAUCUUUGGAGGUCCAGGAGACCCAGGGGUAGGAUGAAUGGAAAAAGCAUUGCCCUGACAAACUGCUCCUGGGUCUCCAAGGAUCAGUAAUAAUAAAUCAACCUGAAAAAAUGACAGAAAACUGCAUUUCAUUAAUAUGCACUGGACCCUGUUUAAAUGCCAGCCUAAAAAAAAUGCCGCGUCAAAACUGCUAAUUUUUAAAUAAACGUCGGGGGCAUUUAGUUAAGAAAAUACACCUCUUUCUAAAUUUUCUUUGUUCUUUGUUUUACUCAUACGUCAGUGAUUUUCAAGUGUUAUAGGCUAGUCAUUUUGCUAUUGCACUUACUACUGUAACUUGAGUUGUUUAUAUAGAGUGAAGGUCCCCAUAAAAGUAAUGUAAGCUGUGUUUUUCUAAACCCAGAUUUCACUGUCAAGUCUGCAAACAGAAGCUGGAAACUGGUGAAUUUUCUGAAGCAGAAUUGGAAGAGUUAAAGCACCCCCUUGCCAAACAUCUGUGGAAAAAACACAAAGGUGUUAAGCAAAUAAGGUGCUUUACUUCAGCUGGAAACUACAUUGAUUAUGUCCGACCAGAACAACUGAACAAGGCCCCUGAAAGUGUAGAGUUGUUUAUCAAAACCACAGGACCCUAUGAUGUUGUCAUAGAUGGACUCAACGUUGCAUACUUCACAGGAUUUUUUGAUCCUAGAAAGGUACAUGCACAUGUAACCACCAGGCAUGGUUAUUUUUAGACAUUAUGUAGAGCACCACAGACUCAAUAAUUUUUGGACUUGUUGUCGUGACCUUCCAGGAUUUUUCUUGUAUCAGACCAUGGGCUAUAAAAAACAUUGAUCUCAACUAAAUAAAAGUUUAAUUUUUGUGCAAUAAAGUUGAAUUACUCGCAUCAAAGUAGUCUUUGGCCUUGCUUAGUCAAUGUUCGCCAUAUAUUUCUUGUAGAAAAGCCUGGAAAUAGGCUUUUUAUGUUUCAGGUUUCAUUGAAAUUCGUUUUUAAAAGUUUUAGUAAUUGAGCAUGGGGAGGGUGAACAGAGUGUAUUAUGGGGAAAAGGAAAAUAAUCAAUAGUAUUACAUGUACUUCAAACUGGUACAGGCUUACUCGCUGCAAGUAUUGGUGAAUAACUUUCUGUGAGAUAUUUUCACAAACAAAAGAUAAUUGGACUUGUGAUAGUUCUCAAUAUCUCAAAAUGUUUUGCUCUGUUAUAGGUAGAAAACACAGUGUUGCAUUUUGUGAAUCAAAAGAAGCGAGUUUUGGUUGUGAGCUCUAGUCCAAUGACUCUAAAGGCCAAAACAAAGAAAGGCGCUCAAACAGCCCUUGGAUCUCUGAUGAGUUUUUUGAGUAAUCAUGAGCAGUGUGGUGUAUUUUGUUUGGCGGAAAGGUAAUUAGUUGUUUGUGUCAUGAUCAGUUACUAGUAAGGGCAACAUUUUCAGGAAGUGGAACAAGAAAAAUAGAGAUCAAUAUGGAGUUUUAGUCUCUGGGCAACUCAGCCCAUUUUUGUGGUAUAAUGUACCUGCACUUAACUUACUUGUAUACUGGUCAAUGUAAAAAAUAUUCAGACUCAAUUUCUAUUCACCUGAGACCACCCACCCCCACCCCUCCCCCCACUUCAGACUGAAAGUAUAGUUAUACCUCAUAACUAUCAAGGAUAUAUUCAUUCACGUUAGGGGGCAUUCAUAAACGAGGUCUACAGAAGUCCAUGAAGAUCAGCUGAAAAAGUACGAUUUGAAAGGCGUUGAAACUUUUUGAUGCUUAAUAUCAAUUUCCUUUUUUGACGGUUGACAGGAAAAACUAACCUGUUUCAACAGCUGACGGUUAACACCAUCGAGCCCCUCUUCUUGGAGAGUAGAAAAAUGCUAUAACUUCUAAAUUGAAACAAUUAUUUCAACAGUUCAGGGUCAUGAAGCGAUUUUGUCACUUGUGUUUUUGGUCUUUUUGGAACACUGUAUUUUGUUCUUAGAACCUGUUGAUGUCAUCUGUGAUCUGUAACUGAACAGACACGUAGGCAAUAUGUACAAACUAUUUGUAUACUGAGUUUAACAUUGAAGUUUCCUUGCCUUUUAUUUCAGCUCAAUGGAUGACUUAUAUUUUCUGAGCGCUGCAAUGCAUUGUGGUGCAGGAACACAGCUUGUGUCAUGUGACCGGUUUUAUGAUCACAUCAGUGGAAUGGACCCACUGAUGAAAGUUCAGUUCAGAAGAUGGCAAAAUCUCUAUCAAAUGGAGCUGGACAGAUUUGUUGGGAAUGACCCAGUGUUUGCCGUAUGUAUUGUUUUUGCUGAUGUUUUCCAUUUGACCUUAAGCCUUGUGAUCUAGUUUUAACUUUUGGGAUUGUGGUGUCUUGUUGUUGCGCUCAUUGCGCUCAUGAAUGCUUUUUGCCGUCCUUUUCACCGUACUAAAAGUUGCUAUUUUCUUCUAGUUUUGAACGUUAAGUGUGUUCUCUUUUUAAAAAUUGUUGUUUUUGCAUUGCUGUUAGGUGCUUGCAUUCCGCCUUUUCUCUUAAAAUCCAUCUAGUUCUUUUCUUAGCCAGCGCGAUAGGGACUUUACGAUCCGACGACGCGACGGCGGCGAAAACGUCACUUCAAAAAUGAAUUUGCGUUCUUUCGGUCUUUAUGGCGAUUAUUCCAACUCACUUACUUUGUCAAAUGUAGGCGAACCCUUCUGGAGUUGAAUUUCUAAGAACCAUAUUCAAGUUUAGAAAGAGAUUAAAGUUGUGUCGUUGCUUGUUUACGUCCUCCCUAAAAAGGAAAAUUAGGUAAUUUCAUGUCGUAGUCGUGCAAAAACGGCAAAGAAAUGUACAAAAAAGUGAGAUGCACGUGCAGAGUUGUUGUUUUUUCUCGUUGCCAUCGCGUCGUCGGAUCGUAAAGUCCUUAGUAAGCGAUUGGGACACAGCUCGCGAGCUUGGGACUUUCGCGUGCAGUAGCUUUGCAAAGAAAAACAUUUUUUAUAAGAGACUGCUCGCAGUUUACAUUGCUGUCAACUAGAAACGUUUGCUACGCAGGCUAAUUGAAAGGCUAGCUAGAAAAUAGCCUCUCUGGCUUUGUUUUUUUUUAUGCCCUACCUCUUUGUUGAUCACAUUUUUUCUGGCCUAGGGUCCUCCUCUGCCUUCAAUCAAAGAUAGCAGCUAAACACAACAUAAAAUACUAAGCGCUUCCUACACUGUAUACUUGAUAGAAGAUUGCGGCAGAAACAUCGAAACUACUGCUUAGCGUUGUUCCGUUUGAAUAAUUUGCUGGUUAGUUAUAUAUAUAAAACAUUGAAUGUACGUUUAAUUAUGUUUUCUUGUUUUGGUCGUAUCAUGUUGUUGUAGCUUACUUUUAGAGUUGUGUUUAAAGGAGGUGUACGUUUUGUUGUCCUCAGACUAAGAAGCCGUUUGACUACGCUGUUCAAACCACUGGGGACACUUGGCACUUCCCAGCGAAGGACGAAAAUCGUUGGUUAUGUGUCCGAAAAGGAGAAAAUUAAUCUAAUACCUGCACCGACACAGUAUAGCCCGUGUGGUUAUAAACGAUCUACUUUGAUUUGGCUCAGGAAAGAAUUACUUGUAGGCUUAUUUCGCCCACAGCCUGACUCUGUUGCCAUAUCAAUGGUUAUGCCGCUUUUCAUACCUACCAUGACGUCCUCAUUGAAGACGUACCCUCGAUAUCAAAAC